AUGGAUUACGGGCUUCACGACCAGCAUGCGUCCUACAUCCUUAGUCAAAGUAACAGGGGCGAGGAGGACACUAACCUAGAUGCUAGCUGGGUCAUGCUCUCCCGGGCCGGGGAGAUAGAACCUCUACCCCAUGAAUCCAUUCUGCACAGAACGAGAGGUCGGAUAGCUCUUAACAUAACCGCCCCAAACCAGCCAGCCGGCGUCCCUCCUCUUAACAUCAAGAGUGAGAGCGGAACGGCAUACAUAACGAAUCAACGAUUAAUAUAUCUCCCAGCCAAGCCUACUGAGCAGCUCAAAUCUUUCUCAUCUAAGAUACUGGGCUGCCAGGAUAGCCGUAUGUGCUCGUCUUGGAUUGGACCAUGGUACUGGGAAGCCAUGGUGCGACCAGUCCCUGACGGCAACAUCGCGCCGGAAUUUCCAAGGGUGAAUGUCAGAUUGACUUUUAAGGAUGGCGGCUCCAGCGAAUUUGAGUCAAAAUUUGUAGAGCUUAAGGCGCGCCUUCACCAUGCGGCACAGAUCGCAGAGGAAUCAGGCCAGAGUAAUUGGGCCCAAAUCGUUCACGACGAACAGCUGCCAGAAUACAGCGGCCCCCAGGGAGGCAAUAAUCCCGUCCUACCAACUGAGGAGGCUCGCCGAGCAGAUGAGGCAGUUCAGGAGCAACAAGCCCAUCAACAAACUCCGGACGAACCUCCACCAAACUACGACGAAGCACAGGCCCAGGCAGUCACUAUGCGCUUUGACGAGCGGAUGCGGGAGGAGGCCGAAAGACAAUGA